AUGUCGUCGUAUAAAAGCUGUGGGUUUUUGAUUUGGUUCAAAUCAAUCAAAUGUGUGAAUGCUAGAGAAGUUCUGGAAAAUGAUCAAUCGAAGCUUUCACAAUAUCGGGAUAGAAGAUUUCCUGGAUCACAGGAGGACUUUGAACAAGCACUCCUGGCAUCAACGACUGUUUAUAUUGGGAAUAUGUCAUUCUACACAACAGAAGAGCAAGUUUAUGAGCUUUUUUCUCGUGCUGGAGAGAUUAAGAAGAUAAUUAUGGGCUUGGAUAAAAAUACCAAAACGCCUUGUGGUUUUUGUUUUGUCCUAUACUACUCUCGAGAGGACACUGAGGAUGCUGUAAAAUAUAUUAGCGGGACUAUUCUUGAUGAUCGUCCUAUUCGUGUGGAUUUUGAUUGGGGAUUCCAAGAAGGAAGGCAAUGGGGUCGAGGGCGAAGUGGUGGACAGGUGCAUUACUGUGCCUUCCUAGGUGGAUAUGGUAAAUUAGUUCAACGAGAGUUAGAAGCUCAGAGAACGCUAGUAGAUUAUGGUACUGGAUCUUUGGGCACUUUCCCUCCAGUCAUGCCACCUCACUAUGGUAGACAUGGUGGAGGCCAUAAUCAUGGGGGUACUCAUCGGCCUGGUAGAGGUGACUAUCAGCGGAAACGACAUCGAGAUGAUGACCGCCACUCAUAUGAGAGCUCAAAGAGAAACUCGGAUUAUGAAUCCCGAAAGAACUCUGAUCACGAAUCUAGACCAGAGAAAAAUCCACGGUUUCGUGAGAGUGGCGACUCUGAUGAUGAAGAAGAUGAGCAAAAGCGACAAUCUUGA